AUGCUGCCAAGCCAGGAGGACAGUGGUGCAGGAGUUCCUAUGACGGAGGUUUCUGGUCAAGAAGAAAACAGAAGUGAACCCACACGGCAGAGAGAAUCAUGGAACAAACAUCUGGACUACAUGCUGACAAUGGUUGGCUUCUGUGUUGCAUUAGGAAAUAUUCUGAGGUUUCCCUAUAUCUGCAACAGAAACGGUGGAGGCGAUGUAUCUGCUCUGGAGAUGCGGAUGCUGCCGACGUUUGUCAAUGUAGAAGUAGCAAUUUCUGACUAUGGCUGUAACUUGUUGUUCCAUGGAGAGAAACUGACGAUAGUUGAGCUGCAGGAGAGACUGUGUCUCAACAGAUGUGUUUCGAAGGGAUCCACUGAUGUUUGCUAUCUCAUCAUGAAAGAACUGAACAAGCGUCUUGGCGAGACCGACGUCAGCACAACAAUGAUCUGGAAGGAUAACGUCAGAGCUUUCCUCAUCCCCUUCAUCCUGCUCCUUUGUAUCACUGGGUUCCCAUCGUUCUUCGUAGAGGCGACCAUCUGUCAGUUUUCUGGGAAAGGCGCAAAGCAAGUUUGGAGCUUCUGUCCCAUGCUUAAAGGGGUUGGUGUUGGCUCUCUAUUGAUGAACUGUUUGUACAUGCCCUACUACACCCUCUUCCUGGCCUGGUCCAUCUACUACAUGGUGAAGUCCUGCUCCAGCGUCCUGCCCUGGACAACUUGUGGCAACACCUGGAACACCGCCCUAUGUGUGGAAGACGAGAAUACAACCUACAAUAGUAACGGGACAAAUAUGGCAGGGAAUACAUCAGUAACUAUCACCUUAUCGGAGCAUGGGGAAAAUGGAACUUUGGCUCGCACACCUGCUGAGGAAUUUUUUCGGUACAAUGUGCUGAAUGUCUCAUCUGGAUUGGAGGACGUGGGAGCUGUACAGUGGCACAUAGUUGGAUGCCUGUGUGCAUCCUAUGCUGUGUAUGUGACCGCACUCCUGCCGUACGUCCUCCUCGUCUCCAUCUUCAUCACAGUAAUGCAAGAGCCAGGUGCUCUAGAUGGUCUGUACCACUACGUCAUCCCGGACUUCAACAAACUUCUCGAUAUACAGGUGUGGCUUGAAGCAUGUUUGCAAGUGUUCUAUUCACUGGGAGUUGGCUUUGGGAUGAUUGGCACUGCUGCGAGCUACAACAGCUUCCAUGAAUCAUGUCUGAAAAAUUCCCUCAUACUGACAAUAGUCUCCGAAGGAACCAGUAUCUUCUCUGGCCUCGUGACGUUUGCUACCCUCGGGUUCAUGUCACAGAAAGCGGAUGUUCCCAUUGAGACUGUUGUGGCAAAUGUUCCUGGCAAUUGA